AUGGCGCAGCUCAUCCCCGGCGACGCAUCCAUCGUGCUCACCCGUCUGCUCAUCCUCACCGUCUGGGGCAUCACACCCUUCAGCUGGCUCGCCCUCCUCACCCGCAUCAUCCGAUACUACCUCAACAAUCACACCUCCUACUCGAUAGACUCCAGACUAUGGGCCACAUUUGUCAAGCACUCGCCUCGCACGGUCACCAACAUCUUUGCGCACCUCCUCUCUCCACGCUGGCGAUGGGCUUCCACCGUCUUCUACUCCUACUGCGCGAUCGAGGCGGCCUUCUCGCUGUACCAUCUGCACCUGUCGCAGCGACUGCAGCGACCGGGACCGCGACCGCUUUACGGACGGCGCUUCUUGCGCAGCGUCUUUGCGCAGGCGCUCCAGGCGGGACUCGAGCCUUCCGGCGAGGAUCUGACGAAUGGCAACGCCAAAGGGUCGUAUGCUAGCGCAGUCCAAGCUUCACUGGGAGACGGACCUGUAUCGAGGCGCACCAACGGCUCCUCCUCGUUAAGAAAAGAAGAUCCGCCGCCGAGCGACGUCCGUCAGCGCCUCGGCCGGCUGCGAGCGGCGAGCUUCGUCCCGCAAUUCGUCUCGUCCCCGAUCUCGGCCGACGAUCCACGCGCGCUCAAGUUCCAGCAGGACCAGGCGAGGUGGUUCUUCGGCGUCCCGGCUGAGCAGAUUACGCGGAGGGAUGUGAUGCAUUGGCUGGCGUGGUCGUUGUUCGCCACGGAGCUGGAGGAGUUGGAAGCCGAGAGUAAAUGUCAGCCGGCGAACGGGGUGGAAAGCGCAACGCCGUCGACGGCCAACUCGCCCAUGCCGCCGUCCAGCGUGACGUUUGGGGGACCCGUGCCGAAGUUCUCGCUGUCUAGAGCGAUUGCGGGGACGGCGGUGGAGGAGCAGGAAGAUGUACAGGGGGUUCGGGCGCGGGAGGGAGAGUGGGAUCCCACCACGGGCGAUCGCUUGCAGUUUCUGGAAUACUGCUUAGAGCUGCUCGAGACUCGACAGGGGCGGAGCUAUCCUCUGACGGCGCCUGUGGAGCCCAAGAAAAAGACCGCAAAGAUGGGCCCAAGGAUUCGGAUGAUGCGUCUCACCAUCGACCCCGUACGCACGCGCACCAGACCGCUCCUAUGCUACGCGGUCACCAACGGUCUAUCCUACCUCACUAUCCGACGUGCCAUCCGGGGUGGCUUUCAGAUGCGCACCGAGGGACGCCUACCCUACCUCUACCGGCCCGCCCUCUCCACCGGAAAAGACACAACCCCCCUCGUCGUCCUGCACGGCCUCGGCAUCGGACUCGCCCAAUACUCCUCCCUCCUCACCUUCUUCCUUCACUCCCCCGUCUUCGCCCAUCGCCCACUGAUCUUCCUCCUCCAGCCCAACAUCUCGCAGUCCCUCCUCUCGCCGCACUUCCUCCACCCCUUCGGACAUCACGAAACGACCUCUGCCUUCCGCCGCAUCCUCGCUUCGAAUAAUUGGAGCUGUAUCGACGUGCUCUCGCAUUCCUACGGCUCACUCGUCCAUUCGUGGCUCAUCAAGUCGCUCGGCACCGCGAUCCGGCGAUCGUGCUUCGUCGAUCCAGUCUGCUUUCAACUCUGGGUGCCCUUCGUGUGCAGUAACUUUGUCUACAAACGCGCGCGCAAACCGAUCGAGCUCCUCAUGCGCUACUUUGUUGCGCGCGAACUCGGCGUCGCCAACACGCUCUGUCGGUAUUUCGACUGGAGUAGCAACAUUUUGUGGCCGAACGAGAUCGCCAAGUUGCAAGAUGGAAAGAGGACGAGGUUUUACCUGGCGGAAGAAGAUGCGAUUCUCAGUGCCAAAGAUACCUUGGAGUAUCUGGUGGAGAGUGGAUGUCCACGGGAGAACGUGCAUUAUGGGAAAGGCAAGGCGCAUGGGGAGAUGCUCAUGCAUGGUGGGGAGGAUUUUAGAAACGUGGUUGACUGGCUGUCGAUGGAGAUCUGA